AUGAAAAUAGUAAUCGACAUUGUUGUUUGUAUUGAUUAUACAUCAUCAAUAAUGUCUUAUUUUGGUGAAAUUCGUAAAAUGAUUUUAUCCAUUGGUACAAUGACAUUAGCAAGUCAUGGUGAUGUUCGCAUAGGUUUGAUUAAAUUUCGAUCAUGUUAUGAUAGAUGGAGAACAAAAGUACAUGGAUUUAUUUCAAAUAUAGAUGCCAUUGAACAAAUACUUACUGAUCAAGACCUCGGUGGAGAAAGCCCAGAUGGAUAUAAAGCUGUUGGUGAUGCUUUGUAUGAAGCCCUCAACGUCCAAUGGCGUGAUAAUAAUAACAAUCAGAUAUUUAAUGAAAAACUGGUUAUUUUGAUUACUGAUAGUGCUCCCAAUGGUCUUUUUACGACAUUAGAUGGUGCAGAUCCUUGGGUAGUAUCGAAGAAAUUUGAAGAGAAAGAUAUAACUUUAGUCGUAGUUGGUGUUGAAGAAAGCGUUAUUAAAUGUGAUGAUUUUUAUUGUGCCUUAGCUAAGAAAGCCGGUGGCGAAUAUAUUCCAUUAGUCAAUGCUGAACGAAUUAUUCAAAAUAUUAUUUAUUGGAUUAUUAGUGAAAAAACAACAUUUCAUCAAUGUUUUCGUCAUGUUAUGAUAGAAGAAAUGGAAAAGAAUUCGUCUUUCAAAUAUUCAUACAUGGCAGCAGGCUCCCCGAUUAGGGGGGGGCUGGGGGGGUCUAGUCCCCUCCAAACUUGAAAAACUGUCCGACUUUCUGCGAAAAUUUCUUAUACUUUCUGCCAAUUUUUUUGAAAAUUUGGUAGUAAUAUCUGGCAGAAACUCAGUUUUUAAGCACUAAUCACCAUUUUUCUGGCAGAAAGUCGAAGGACAAUACUUUCUGUCAACAAAAUCUUGCAGAAAGUCGAUCAAAUUAGUAUUUGUUGUUCAAUUUCUGCCGGAAAGGCAACUGAGACACUUUCUGCCAAAAUUUUUAGACUUUCUGCCGAAUUUUUAGCCCCUCCCACUUUUCAAAACAAUCGGGAACCCUGCAUGGCAGAUCGAGUUAAUGGCAUGCUCAAUGAAUGUUAUACAAUAAAUGAUAUUCGAGAAAUAUUUUUCAAGCAUCAUUUAUUUAGUCAUUAAAAAAUAGUACUAGUUUAGCUAUAUUUAACAAGUAUACUUUUUAAGUCUUCAGUUAGAUCUCAUAUAUCUUAUUCGAGUUUUCAUAGUUUUAAACAAUCAAUUAGUAACAGAUUUUAGUUUUUUUUCAUCCAUUUUAAUGAUCUCCUAACAAAUUAUUUAUUU